CGCCGGCCUCCAUUCCACGCCACGUACAAUCUCUCCACACAAUAGACAAAUUACCGCCGUCCCGCACUCAUGUCGGGCAAGCCUGCGAUACCCGAAUGGCAGCGCGCUUCUGCGGCCUCGUCUUCCUCAGAUGAUGCCGCAUCCUCGCCCACGCAAGAAGAAGCAAACGCGCAACCGGCUGCAGAAGCCCCAACACCAACCGAAGACGACGUCGCACAGCAAGAUGGCGAGGAGCAGCAUUCUGAAGAUACAAGUCUGCUAGAGCAGGCAUCGCGUUUUCUCGAUGACCCUGCAAUCCGCGAGGCUCCCCGGGACAAGAAGAUUGCCUUCUUGGAGUCCAAGGGAGUGGGCGCCGACGACAUCAAGACAUUGUUGGGCGAAGAUACACAAGAGACAAGCCCGGUCGAGGUCGAGGAGGCUGAGGAGGUUGCAGAGCGGGCGUGGCCAACAACACCGCCCAAGCCUGCGCAAGUACCCGAAGCUCAACCCCAGCCCCAGCCGCGCGAGAUACCCCCAAUCGUCACAUACCCAGAGUUCCUCGCAAACACGGAGAAGCCGCCGCCUCUCAUCACUGCCCAGCGCCUUGCGACGACAGCAUACGUAGCAGGAGGCUUCAUGGCGAGUUUAUACGGGCUAUCCAAGUACAUCAUAGCGCCCAUGACACACGGCCUCUCAGAGUCACGGUGCGACUUCGCUUCGCAUACCCAAGAGCAACUAAAAGAGCUCAAUCAACGAUUGCGCAAGGCCGUGUCCGUCGAUCCCGCCAGCAAAGUAAAGCCUCUCGAAGACGCUGCCGACGAUGUAUCCGAAGCCGACUCAGAUCCCACUGAGCUCUACCAUCGCGACUAUGGUACUCAGACCACACCCAACCUCUCCCGCCGUCCUUCGGCUUCUGCAGACCCACACCCUACCGUAACCGCGCAAGAAAACCGCCUAAAGAUAAUAAAGUCGCACCUCCAGGAACUCCAGACGACCAACUCGAGCCAGAGUACAUCGCGGGAUGCGGUAAGGACAAAAGUGUCCGACUUGACGACAUACUUGACCGAGAUGGAUUAUCAGAACCAAUACUAUCCCGGCACGGGCCGCUAUGGAUCGACUUUCGGCUGGUCCAACGGCAAUCAGGAGUUCAAGAAUGACCAGAUUGAGGCGCUGAAGAACGAUAUCCGGGCUGUCAAGGGCGUGUUUUUGAGUGCCAGGAAUUUCCCCGUUGGCGGAAGGAAUGUCACGCCAAUCCCUACAGGGAGAUUGUUCACACCCCUAAACAUGUCGGGCUGGGCAUCCAAGCUGUCCUCGUUGGGGCACUCAAAGCCCGAAGACAAGGAUGAGACAUCACUCACGACGCUCCUCGAUGCGGACCAAUGUGCCGACUUGACCAUUUUGAUCAUGAACAUUACAGCUUCCAUGCGAGAGUCGCUGGUCAAUACCUUCACCGCUGAGGAGAUUCCAAUCGAUUUACAGACUGUCAAGUUGGAAGAAGAGAUCUUGCGGGGCGCACCUGAGCAACUUGAUAAUGUCGAUGUCAGCACAGAAGACAAGAUCAAGAAGGACAGGCAGAAGCGAGAGAAGGAAGCAAGAGAAGAGCUCGCAAAGCCAGAGGUGCAGGAGCUGAAGAGAGAAAUGUUGAGAUAUUUCGAUGACUGGCAAUGUCAAGUUAUCCUCCGGGUUGGCGAGGUGGUCAACUCAAAAGACAAGGUCAAGAGACAGGCUCAGGGCGUCGAGGGCAAACAGGUCGAGGAAGCAACUGAAAAGCCAGACACUGGGAUGACGAAUAUCAAUCAGCUUGGAGAUACGGAAGAGGAUGAGGAAAAGAUGUUCAAGAAGCUGUAUCCGCCCGUUCCGACGAACCUGACGCAGCUGGACGAGAGCAAACGCGUGCUCAUCCUGCACUCGCUAGUACUUAUCGUCUUGAGUUUGGAGCACUACUCUGCACAUUCACGUGUUCUUGUUCUCUACCUCACAAGCUCUCUUGGCCUCAGGAGAGAAAUCCUGAAGAAAGACGAGGAGAAGGUGGCUCAAGGUCUUCUGGAGGCGGCGUCCCAGCAGCUCAACGCAGAUGAAGAAACUAAGAAAGCAGCCGAUGCUUCGAAAAAGGCUCGCCGAUGGAAAGUGGGACUCGCUGGUGUUGCUGGCGCUGCACUCAUCGGCGUCACGGGCGGUCUCGCUGCUCCUCUUCUUGCCGCAGGUAUCGGAAGUGUGAUGGGUGGUGUUGGUCUUGGAGCCACAGCAGCAGCAGGUUAUCUCGGAACGCUCGCUGGAUCUUCCAUUGUUGUGGGUGGGCUUUUCGGUGCUUAUGGUGCGAAGAUGACGAGUCAAGCUAUGGACGAAUAUGCACGGCAGGUGGAAGAUUUUGCAUUUAUCCCGAUCCAUCGCACACAGGAUCCCAGAAAGCAGGACAAUGAGUCGCGGCGUCUCCGCGUAGCAAUCGCUGUUUCUGGUUGGCUACGCGAGCCUGAAGAGGUCAGCAAGCCGUGGCGGUACAUCGACAAGGGCACAGAAGGCUUUGCACUGAGAUAUGAACUUGAAGCAUUGCUCCAACUUGGCAACAACCUCGGGACGGUCGUGUCGAGUGCAGCGUGGGGAUAUGCCAAGAAGAAGAUCAUUGAGCGAACCGUGUUUGCUGCAAUGGCAGCUGCCAUGUGGCCUCUUGCGCUACUGAAAAUUGCCACUGUGCUGGACAAUCCGUUUUCCAUCGCCAAAUACCGAUCCGAGAAGGCUGGGGAGGUUCUUGCCGAUGCCCUCAUCAACAAAGUACAAGGCGAGCGGCCAGUGACAUUAGUGGGCUAUUCUCUCGGAGCCCGCCUUAUCUUCUCUUGUCUGCAGAAGCUCGCCGAACGCAAGGCCUUUGGUCUCAUCGAAAACGUUGUUCUUGUCGGCGCUCCCUGUCCGUCUGACGUUGCGGACUGGCGUCGCGCCCGCUCAGUAGUCAGUGGACGCUGCGUCAAUGUGUUUUCCAAGAACGACUAUAUUCUCGGCUUUUUAUACCGCACUUCUUCUAUCCAGCUCGGUGUUGCCGGUCUGCAGCCUGUGGUCGGUGUACAUGGCGUCCAAAACGUCGAUGUAUCUGAGCUUGUAGACGGCCAUCUCCAAUACCGCUUUAUUACCGGCAGUAUUCUACGCAAGAUUGGCUUUGAAGACGUCGACAUUGCGGAGGUGGAGCGCGCAGAAGCCGAUAUGCGCAAGGAGGAUGAGAAGAUCGAAGAAGAGAGGCGUAAGAAAGAGGGUGAGAAGGGCGAAGGUGAGAAUGAGGAGGAGUUGAGAGCACAGGCGGAUAAGAAGCAGCAGCAAAGUCUCAUGGCCGUCAUGCAGCAGAAGACAAAGAAUAUAGAUAUUGGCGGCGUUGUCAACAAAAUACCGAGGAAGAAAGUACCCGAGUCGGCGGCACAAACGAUGGAGAAGAUGCAUACGGGGGAGUCUAAAUAGGAGGUCAGAUGAAUUUAGUGAUUAGG